GUAGAGGCGCUACGGUUGUAGAAAUGUCACUGGCUAGAGGAUUGAUAAGAGCGUUCAAAACAAACGCAUUAAACCAUAUACAUGUGUCCUCGACAGCAGUGAGACCCUUGCAAGCAUGUCCCACGUCCCCUUACGUCUCCACACUGCGCUAUAACAGCAGCUCAUCUCAUGAGCACCAGACCUCUGGUUUUGCAGUUGAUAAAGUUAAUCUAAGUGAUGCAUGUGUAAAGAGGCUCAAAGAGAUCAUGGAGCAGGGCGAGUAUCUAAGGAUACAAGUGGAGGGAGGAGGCUGCUCUGGCUUCCAGUACAAGUUCUCUGUGGACACUGUCAAAAACGAAGACGACAGGGUUUUUGAACAGAAUGGUGUUGGGGUGAUCGUAGAUGAGGACAGUCUGGAGUUUAUGAAAGGAUGUACGCUUGAUUUCAGUCAGGAGCUCAUACGUUCCUCCUUCCAGGUGCUAAGGAACCCACAAGCUGAACAUGGCUGUUCUUGUGGCAGCUCUUUCUCUGUCAAAAUUUGAGACUUGUAUGUGCAUCAAGAUUAUUUUCAGUGUGUCUGUUAGUGGUUUUCAGUCCUAGUUUCACAUUUGUAUUUAUAAUAAAUAGAGGAAGUGAUGAUUUGAAUCAGGUGUGCUUGAGAAUGCAGAACAUAAACCCACAAUGCAGAUGAUGAGAAUUACAGCAUGAUCCUCACAACAUAAUCAAAAGUCAGAAGAUUACUGGUACAAGCACCACCACCAAGUUGCCACUUUUGAGCCUCUUAAUCCUCAAUUGUUUGAAUUGUAUUCAGUUAUGAUUGUAAUAACACUAUUGAUGUGCAAACUGCUAAAUGCCAUAAAUAUAACUGAGCUGUAUUAAUUACAGAGCAGUUUGAAGAAUUGUACUGUUUUACUCAGCAUGCUUGGUGAUUAUUCCACAUGGUUAAUAUUCUAGGAAAUGCAUGUAAACUGUACAGAAAUUCUGUAAAUAUUAUUCAAUAAUUAAAAUAAAUAUUUAUAUUGUUUCAAA